GUAAGCGGAGUUGAGUGUAGCGCUCGGGCUCCACUGAAAGUAGCUCCCUGAUUCAGAGACAGCGCUUGUAGACAAGGGGGCGGACCGGCGUGAGGAAACUUGACAGAAAACAAUAACAGUCACGCCGCUGACCUCUAUGUAACUGAUAUUAUUUAUCAGCGCCAUACAUUUCUGACGACAGGCAACAGUGCCCGCUGACAAGACGCGGUGGCGGCUGAAGCGGAGGCGCGCCCAGCGAAGGAAUAACGUUAGCAGGAGAAAAAGGUGAGGUGAAGAAGGCACGACUGGGAGCGAGAGGAGGAGGACAGCAGUGACAAGUACGCGGACCAAGCCGCAGGUAGCCUCUGCGUUACCUGGCGUGGCACAAGAUAUCAAAGUGCAGGCGGGUCAUGCGGAUUUCUCCGGUCUGUGAUCGGAGCGCCGCGUCGCAGCAGUAAACGGUGUUCAAAGAGAGAAGAGGCAGACAACAGAAGAACCACACCGCGUCUAUCAGUCCCGUCCAAGCGGGCUCCUGGUCCCAGGGAAGAGCCACCAUGUCCCGGAGGAAGCAGAGCAAACCACGACAGAUAAAGCGUUCCCUUGGGGAUCUCGAUGGCGGUGAGGAGAACACGCCAGACAACCUCAGCCUAUCAGGAGAGGAGGGCGGAGCCUCGGACCCUGAUGAUUCAGCCGAAGGUGACAGCUCCAGCCCACCACCAUACACACCUCUGUACAAUGAAGAGCCAAGGACUCACGACUCUCGAGGAGGCCCGGAUGAUGAAGAUGAGGACGGAGAGGAGCAAAAUUCGACGCACAGUGGUGGGGAGGAUGAAGAGGAAAGGGGUGAAGAAGAGGAGGUGUCACAUUGGAGGGGUCCAGACGAGCUGGAGUUAAGGGAAGAGGGUGGUGACAGCAGGCUGGUGGCAGGCAGGGAUCUCCAUCCAGACACAACGUGGGGUCCCUACCCAGGAAUCCUCCAACCUGAGGGAAGCACAGAUGAGCCAGAGACAGAGGAUUCAAGGUUGACUCUGGUCUGUGAAGAUCCAGACUGUUGGAUUAGACUGCUCCCUCUGACCUCUGACCCCUCAGCUGUCAACUGUACCAUCUACAGUCAGGGUGAGGAGUUAUUCUGCAAGGUGACCAGGGAGCUUUUAGCAGGUGAAAAGCUUCUGGCAUCCCUUUCAAUGCCUCCUCCGGGUUCCUCCUCCUCCCCGCUGGCCCAACUCUCUCCUCCACUCAGUUUGGUCAUCCAGAAACAACCUGUUGUAAAGGAGGAGCCUAUGUACCCAGCAGCCCUGCGCUCAGAGAUCCAGCUCCUCCCGCAGCAAGCUGGCAUGGCCGCCAUAUUGGCUACUGCUGUUGUCAACAAGGACAUAUUCCCAUGCAAGGACUGUGGGAUCUGGUACCGCAGUGAGAGGAACCUUCAAGCACACCUUAUGUACUACUGCGCCAGUCGUCAAAAGCAGCCAGCUGCGGCAGCUUCCCCACCAGAAGACAAACCCAAGGAGUCCUACCCGAAUGAACGCAUCUGCCCUUUCCCACAGUGCAACAAGAGCUGCCCUAGUGCCAGCUCACUCGAGAUCCACAUGCGAACACACAGUGGUGAGCGUCCGUUUGUCUGUCUCAUCUGUCUGUCAGCCUUCACCACAAAAGCAAACUGUGAGCGCCACCUUAAGGUCCACACAGACACACUGAAUGGGGUGUGUCAUGGUUGUGGCUUCAUUUCCACCACUAGGGACAUUCUCUACAGCCAUCUGGUCACCAGCCACAUGGUGUGCCAGCCUGGAUCUCGCAGUGAAGUCUACUCCCCAGGGCCAGGCCUUCCCAAGCUGCCCCUGUCCACUGGGCUCAGUCCAGGAGACUCUGGUGUGGUGCUGAAGUGUCAAGUGUGUGGCCACAACUCUGAAACCCCUUCCCAGCUUCAGCAGCAUGUACGGACCCACCUAGAGGUCAGGGUUCCAGCUGAAAGGAGCCCCACCCCUCGCCAAGGUACCCCAUCAUCAGUUGACCACUCCCAGCUCCAGCUGUCUCCCCGGGAGAGGGAGCCCGUUGCUUGUGUUCCUAAGCCAGACUCAUCCAGCCCAGGCGCAAAUGGCGGCUCAGCCACACCUCGUCAUUAUAGUCAUCCUGAUCCUGAAAUUACUGAAAUAAAGAUUAAAGAGGAGCCUCAUUCAGAUUCUGAGACCGAAGAGCAACAAAUGGAGAUUAAGGAGGACGAUGAAGGAGAGAGGGAUCAAGAAGCCAGAGGUAGGAUAAAGGACACUCAAACUGCAACCUCCUCCUGCCAGAAUUCAAACUCUCCAAAGAGUCCAACUACCACAGCUGUGAAAGCAGAACCAACUAGUCCCACCCCUGGUUCAAGCCCUGCUCAUGUAGGAGGUACAGGGUCAGCCGUUCCAGGAGGAGCGUUGUUCCUGCCUCAGUACAUGUUCAACCCGGAGGCAGCCAUUUUGCCUCAGGCCUCAGAGAUACUUGCUAAAAUGUCAGAGAUGGUACACAGCCGUCUUAAACAGGGCCAAACAAUUCCUCAGAAUAACCCAGCGGCCUUCUUCCCCUCUGGACCGACUGCAGCUACAGCAACAGCCACUCCACCUCACAAAGGAGCCACCUGUUUUGAGUGCGAUAUCACCUUCAACAACAUUAACAAUUUCUAUGCACAUAAGAGGCUGUACUGCUCCAGCAGGCACCAUGGGGAAGGUGCAACAUCGGCUUCAGGUCCUGGGCUAGCCAGGGAUACAGCCCCAUCCAUGGUGCCUUCCAGCGGGACCCAAGGCUUGUCCGUGUCCCCCAAGGCUGGAGCAGCAAGUAGAGCAGCCUCUGCCUCUCCUACUGACUCUGAUCCCCCUGCAGGGAGUGGAACAACAGAACCAAGGAGGGUGGUGGAAGUGAAGACAGAAACCCCUGUAGGGAGAGAGGGAAUAUCAUCUUCUUCAGAAGGGGAAGGUGGAGGUGGAAGUGUGGGAGGAGGGGCUGGAGGAGGACGAGCAAGCGAGGGCAGCCAGAGUCCUGCUAGUGGAUCUGCAGAGGACCUUGAAGAUGAUCCCAAUAAAACCUUCUGCGAGGCCUGCAACAUCCGCUUCAGCCGUCAUGAAAACUAUACUGUUCACAAACGCUUCUACUGUGCUUCACGCCAUGACCCGUCUAACCACCGUUCUGUGACCAAGGCAACCAAUGCAGCCGCAUUCCUCCCCCAGCCCAUACGCACACGAAAGAGGAAAAAGAUGUAUGAGAUUCACAUGGCGAGAACUGAAGCCCUAGCUAACGCUGCUGCUGCUGUUGCUGCUGCCGCUGCUGCAAACGCUGCAGCCUCUGCCCCAUCUCCAUCUGUUCUGGGCUUAGCAGUGAAGCGAGAAGCUUCUCCAGGCGGGGCAGGCAGCUCAAGCCCUGAAGGAGAUGGCCCGAUUGACCUAAGCAAGAGGCCCCGUUUAAGAGAGGUUCCAAGGCACAGCAGUAGCAGCGUUCUCCCUGCCCUGCCUCUUACCGACUACCACAAGUGCACCGCCUGCAGUAUCAGCUUCAACAGCAUUGAGAACUACCUGGCACAUAAAACCUACUAUUGCCCUGCCACCACUCUCCAGCCACAAACCUUGGAGCAACUUCACAGGCUCAAGAGAUCGGCCUCUACCUCUCCCAAAAGCAGGCUUCAGCAAGAUCGUCCAGAUCAUCUGCAUCCUAUGGAGGCCAAAGCCCUCCCUGCUGAGUGGGUCGCCCGGGCUCAAGGCCCAUCAUCCAGUCCUCACUCAUCCGCCUUACCCGCCUCAGCCACAACAUCCCCGCCCCAUUUGACCACAUCACUUGCCGCGACCCCUGGAGCUGGAGCCAAAGUUGUAGCUGUUAGCUCUGCUCAGGUGGUCUGCCCGUAUUGCCCUAACAGGAUCAUCACCUGUGACCUUAUGGAGCAUUUCAAGACUACCCACGGCCUGGUUGUGGCCAUUCACCCACCCCAGGAGAUCCUACCCCAGCCAGGCAGUGUAUCCAGCCGCAGCCCUAGCCUUAGUCCCAGGGAUGGAGCUGCAGCAACCAUCUCCACCACCCCCACCAGCCAGCCCAGACUGAUCUCUCGAGUGCACAGAGACAGCAUCAAUGGGCAGGCAAGGAGCGGUACAACUUCUCCUGUGUCUCCACUGGUAAACGGCAGCCCUUCAGCCAGGGCUUGUUCACCCUCAGCUGGCUCACCUCUACCCACGUCUCCUCAAAGGGCUCCCUCCCUGACUUUGUCACCUGUGCCUGAAAUCCUGAGAGAGACCGUGGGGUCAAUCCAUCUUCCAGACAAGGCCACUCAGGCUGUGGCACCCAAGCCCACUACCAGCCCUGGCCCUAAAACCUCAGUCAUCUCCCCCGUCCAAAAUGGUAACUCCCGCUUCUGUCGGCUUUGCAACAUCAAGUUCAGCAGCCUCUCCACAUUCAUAGCUCAUAAGAAAUACUAUUGCUCUUCCCACAGUGCGGAACAUGUAAAAUGAGUUAUUUCCCUCCUUCCUUCCUCCCCUUUAUCUUUCCGAGUGGAGGCUUUCCUUCUUUAAGUUCCAAGAAGCUCAGAUGUCCCUCCUCCUCUGCCAGUCCUUCCACAUAGGUGCCAAAAAGGCAAAGCUGGCACGACCAUGAAUGACAAUAAAUGACUGUUACUCACCUGCCUGGGCCUGACGCCCCGCUGCCCCUAGAGCAGUGUCUGCAGGUGGUGUUACGAACAUAUUGACUGAUAUCCCUCCUCAUAUGGGUCAAAGUUUAUAGUACACUAAGAGCUGAGGCGAUGCUACCUGCACACGCUGGUGUGCCCUUGUGCCCAAGACACUCAUUUUUUUUAUGUAGCCCAGCCCACAGUUGAACCACUCCCAGGCCUCACAGUGUGUUGUUUCAUGGGACAUCUAAAAGAUCUGUCAACAACCUCUUUUCUGUCUCUCUGUUGAACUGAGUUUAUAACGGCAGUAAUUACAGUCUGACUGAUGGUGAUAGAGUAAUGGUGAUGCUGAUUAUGAUGGAUCUCCGAUCUUUUCCAGAGCUCUUAAUGUUCAUGACCUAAACAGAGGAAUCAUGUGUGGAGAAGACUUGAUCAUUGUUUAUGUUUUUAUUAUCUGUGCAUAGUAUAAGAUGUCUGAAAAAAAGAGUUCUAUAAUGCUUUUGGUUUCAACACUGGCUCUUUUUUUUUUUUUUUUUGCUUACUAGAGAAGCUAAGCGUUUUAGCUGAAAAAGAAAUACGCUGUAUCACAAUGUUACUAAUUACUGAAGGAUAAUAUUUCAAAAUGGACAGUUUCUUUUCUUUGACACCGUUUCUUUUUAAGUUUCUCUUCAAUUUGCAAGGGAGAAAAAAAUGUGAAAUAUUUAUCUUCUAUCUUUUAGUCCUCACUGAUUUCAUGUCAACAGAAAACUACCUACCUGGUGUCUGAGAGUAUUUGUAUUUUUUAUUUGUAUAUUUUCAUACUGUCUGAAGGAACUGUUUGGAUCUGGGUGUAUUGAAGUGUAUUUUCUAAGUGUAGAUAUGUAAUAUCUUCUCACAGUAAUCACUGGGAUCACACUGAACUUUGUUAUCACGUUAGCUUUUGAUGUAGUCUUUAAUUGAUGGUGAGCUCUUAAAAACCAGCGUCGUUUAUUUUCCUCCCCUCGUGUACUUUGUUGAUUUAACAACAAGAUUGGAUCAGAACAGCUUCCUGACUUACAGUUUUCACAUCAGGAAGACGAUGACAGCUCGUCUGAUACUGUUGUCUCUGUACUACGGUGAAAACGAAGUAGCUUCAAAGGUUUCAGUUCACAAAACACAUUUUCAGUUAAAUUGUUUUUUGUUUUUUUACUGGCAAUUCACACCUAUACUGAGGAUGCACAAAGCACAUCAUUACUUUUGUGUUGAUACAAAUCUUAAAUUGUCUUUUAAAGGCAGAAUGAGAAGGUUUUCUCUGGCCUGUUCACACUGUUGAGUAAAAUAAACGUAAAGCUAAAAACAUUAAAAAGCAGUACAGCCAUGUGGAUUGAAACACGAUUGUAAUAUUGAACAAGAAUUGUAACAAUAAUUCCCACUAUUUUAGUGAGGAAUUUGGUCUUGUUUCUUAAAACAAAUAUUCCAGGUCCGUCAUAUUGUACCAGUGAAAAGCUCUAUGGCAGACACGGCCUUAUGUUUCUAAGGGGUGAAAAAGAUUGAGAUGAAUAAGGUUUUAUCAGUCUUCACAUUUCAGAAAUCCUGACCAUUCUGCCUUUAAAAAAAUGUUUUCUGUCCGGAAAUGAAGGCUUAGCAGGGACUGGCCACUCCUGCCUCUAGAUAGAGCAGAUACUGCAUGUAAUGCUCACUUAUAGUGGCUAUGGGUUAUGUGUGCAUGAGAAGGCCAUACUGUUCCUCUCUCACCUCUUUGCCCUUUCAAGCAUAUGCACACUUAACAAGUUUACACCACCUGCACCUGCUGCAGUUUCAAUCCAGUGUUAGUUAGUGCUGUGAAACACCUUUCUUUUUCUAACAUACAGGUGAACAGUAAGAUGCAUCUUAGGUUUUUAAUGCUCAGAAUUAGUUUUAAAAUGAGUCUGUCAACAUUACAAAAAGAUUUGGUCCCUGAAUUGUAAAAAAGAAACAGAUACCCUCAGGAUUCAACCUUUGUCAGUGUGAAAGCCUCUAAAGCAGCAUUUGGACCUCCAGCAGACACUGAAUAAAUUAUCAUUAGGUGUGUUUGGCUCAAGGCAAAAGCACAUAUAGAUGGGUGAUCGAGGGUCAAAGGUUUGUCCUGCUGAAAACAACGGUAAACCUAACACAGGAAAGAUCUGCACCUUUGUUUAUUCAGUGAGAGCAAAUAUCCAAAUACACCCCUGAUCGUCUGUUCCUGUAACCUUAAACAAAAUGUCAAAGUGAAGGAUUUGUUUUAAUCAUUAUUGAUUUUCCUCUCUGCUGUACCCGACACAUCUUACCACUAAGUGUUCACAAUUGAGCUGUUCCGUCUCUCCCAGUCCAUAAAACAAGAGAGUGGAAGCAAAAGAAAGUCACAAACUCAUGCCAACUAGUCAAGGAUUGAGGAAGUGCAAAAUCAUCUAUUGAACUUACCCCAUUUAAUUGCACUGUGUUGUAUAAAAAUGUGCUGAAUGUUUUAGUUUUAGGGAUGUUUUUCUUGUAAUGUAUUUAUGUUAUACAGAACUUUUCCCCCGUCCACAAUGCGUCAUCGUUCUACCUUGAAGGACUGAAAGAUUUAAAAACCUCCUAUUCAACUUUUUCCUUUUUCUAGAUGCAAACAUUUUGUGUUAAUGAUUCCUCUGAUGUCCAGUCCAAAAUGGAGAAAAUCACAAUGAAUGUCCAAACUUUUAUUUUCUUCAUAUUUUUAAUUUCAUUUCAGUUCCACUACACUCUUGUCCAAACUAUGCAUGGGAAAUAAAAAAAAAAGUUCUGAGAGACACUGACA